AUGGAGGGACAGAGCAGCGGACCUGGCGUUCAGGGGCAAGGACCCUCCAAGGUGAGCUCCAAGCUGCCUCGAGGGUCACGCUGGCCGGCCCUUGGCCUGGCAUUACUGCUACUCCUGCUGGCACUGGCUGGAGCCAUGGUCGGCGGGCUCCUUGGUUUGGCACAUAACCCUGCUGAGGUGAGUCCCUGCUCCAGCUGGCUUUUCCUGCCUGUGAUUCCCACCUUGCCCAUGCCCCCUUCUGCACUUGCCCACUGUCCUCAGCCCAUGCUGCAGGCUAUUCGAUGGACAUUCCUGAGUCCUUCCAUCACCUGGCCCAACCAGACAGCCACAGUGGACCUGGCCCGGGACACAGUGACCUAUGUGGUGACCCCACCUCAAAGCAACCGGAGCUGGGCCGUGCUAUUCGACAGCCACAAUGGUUAUGUGUGCUAUCGCCCUGGGGAACAACGGUCCUGCUUUCUUCGGAGGAUGGAGACCUGGGAUCGAGACGCCUUGCAGUCGGUCCUCAACAGCAGUCAGGUGAGGGACCUUGUGCGCACGAUAGUGUUCUGCCAGGAUGCAAACACCGAAGUUCAGCUAGCUGCCCCCCGUAUUCAGCUGCAGGAGCACAAGGGCUGGGGGGAAGACAAAGGGCCCCUGUUUCUUGCCUCUACUGCUGAUUGGCCACUUGGGCCCAACAAAGACACUAGAUAUACGAAAGAAUUUUUGGGAGUGCUGGCGGGGCAUGAAGUGGACCCUGCUUUGGUGGGAAGCCCAGUCCAGAACCUCUGUGACCAACUCCCCAUCUACUGGGUGCAAAGGGCAGAAGGUUCUCGGAAACAGAGAUUAAUUUAUCUCUGCAUUGACAUCUGUUUUCCAAGCAACAUUUGUGUGUCUGUCUGCUUUUAUUACCUUCCAGAUUAG